GACCGGACCGGACCAAACCCGCCCGCCGCGUUAGCGUAACGGGCCGACCAACGCCGAUGGCCGGGUUCGCGCGCGCCACCGCGCCUCCGUCCCCGGCGGCGGCGCCGGCGCCGGCUCUGCUCACCGGCGAGCGCCUCGUGGUCUUCCUCUUCGCCGCCCGCGUCGCGCUCGCGGCCCCAGCCGGCCUCGCCGCGCCGCUCGCGGCCCUCGCCGCCGCCGCCCUCGCCGUCGAGAUCGCCGUGGAUGGCUCCGCCCCCGCCUCCUCCCCGCUCCGCCCCUUCAGGACCAGGCCAGGUGCUUCAUCAGGCAUACUUCUUGGUGCCACUACUCUGCCCAGCGUCAUGCUUUCUCGGUUAAUCCAGCGGGCAAGGCUCUUAUCAGCUGAUCAUAAUGGACUCGAAGAAUUCUUAUACCUUGAAAUGCAGUACUGGGCAGCAUCAAUCAGCUGUCUCAGUGUGCUAGCUUUCUUCCUAUGGCACCUACGGCGGUCUAACAGAAAUGGAAUUCCAAAACAUUUCAAAUACGGCUCGUUGUCGGUAGCCUUAUAUCUCAUGACAUACUUCAUUUCCUUUGUAAUGAAGACUGGAGGUCUGAUGGUAAUGACCAAUAUGGUGUAUAUUCUCUGCCAUGGAGUGGCUGCUGUGAUCUUAAUCAAGCAUAUUCUAGAGAAGUUUCCUUCAUGUUCAUCUUUUGGCGAAGCGCUUCUGGUGUCCAGUGGUCUUGUUCUUUACUUUGGUGAUAUGCUGGCCCAUACUCUUUCAAAGAUGGAUUGCUCUAUGUCAUCAAAAGCAUUCAUUCACACACCUGGAACUAGAAGCGAUAUGACCACAAUUAUUCAGGGGAAUUUACUUGGGCUUUUUCUACUUCCAUUGCUAUACAAAAGUUCGCUUAAAUUUCGGGAUUACUGUAGAAUGGAUGGAAAGCAACAAACACAAGAAGCUGAGGAACGUACACAGAAAACAAUUGGUUCUGCUGUAUUCUAUAUCUUGUUGGUGGUGGUGUUAAUGUUUUUAGUGCCAUCAUGGACACACCUUGUUCAAGGUCUCAAAGUGCAUCCUUUUGUUUGGAUUAUUAACUACAUGUUCACUGAUUCACAUGAACGACUUGCUUUAUGUGCAUACUGGAUAUGUGUGAUAUAUGUAUCAGUUAGACGGUUCUACAGCAUAUCAAAGCAAAGCAAAACAGAGAGGAUUCUUUUGCGCAAGUACUACCAUCUUGUCGCUGUUCUGAUUUUCUCUCCUGCAGUUAUAUUUCAGCCUGCUUUCUUGGACUUGGCAUUUGGUGCAGCAUUUGCAGUUUUCUUAACAUUGGAGAUGAUACGAAUUUGGGAAAUAUACCCGCUUGGGCAUGUUGUGCAUCAGUUUAUGAACGCCUUUACUGACCAUCGUGAUUCUGAAAUUCUUAUUGUCAGCCAUUUUUCACUCUUACUGGGCUGUGCACUUCCUAAAUGGAUGUCAUCUGGACUAAAUGACCGACCGCUUGCCCCUUUCGCUGGAAUUCUCAGCUUAGGGAUAGGUGAUACCAUGGCAUCAAUGAUAGGGUACAAGUAUGGCGUGUUAAGAUGGAGCAAGACAGGAAGUGAGUAUUAG